GACGCAUACGAUCACUACAGCGCCACCUACAGCCUGCUGUCUGACAAACUCAAGCGGCACAAGAACCUGUGUGUGGCUCCGCCCACGCCCCGCCCCCUUUACCCGCUCAACACCGUGCAGGAUCAGAGUAGUGUUAUGACGGUUCCACAGGUUCAGCUCAUAAACCCCGAGAAUCAGAUCGUCGAGACGGACGGGACGAUGGCUCUGGACAGUGAUGAGGGAGAAGAGCCUAGUCCAGAAGCGAUGGCCCGAUACCUGUCCAUGAGACGUCACACUGUGGGCGUUCCCGACCCCAGGGCUGAGCUUCAGGAGGAUCUUCAGAAACUGGCUCCUGGGUUUCCGCGUGUGGCCCCUCAGCCGCCCUUCCCUCCGCUGGUGCCCACCCUGGCACAGAUGCAUCUGAUGCAGACCCCGAACCUGCAGCCCACACAGCAGCUGGAGUACAAGGAACAGUCUCUCCUGCAGCCGCCCACCCUGCAGCUGCUGAAUGGCAUGGGUCCUCUGGGCCGCCGGGCGUCUGAUGGAGGAGCCAACAUUCAGCUUCACGCGCAGCAGCUGUUGAAGAGACCGCGCGGUCAGUCGCCGCUGGUCACCUGCCCGCAUCCGAUCCCAGCCGUGACUCCGGUGGAUGAGGAGGGGUCCGACGCCGAGCCAGAUCCGGAGGCCGUUCAGAGGCCGUCGUAUAAAGACUGCAACACUCUUCACCUGCCGAUGGAGCGCUUCUCUCCCGUCAGACGCUUCUCAGACGGAGCCGCCACCAUCCCAGCCUUCAAGACACAGCUGGAGAACAGCAGUCUGAUCCGACAGCUCAAACAGGAGUGCGAGCAGCUUCAGAAGAUGUACGCGGCUCCGCAGGACGAGCGUCUGAUGGAGCACACACAGCAGCAGCACAUCCUCUACCAGCAGAUACAGGCCCUGUCUUUGGGACAUGGAGAAAACCAGCCCAGCAGUCACCUGACAUACCAGCUACAGAGGUUGCGUAUUCAGCCCUCCAGCCCUCCACCUACACAUCCCAGCAACCACCUCUUCAGGCCAGCCAAUCAGAGUCCUCCUCCGGGCGGUCAGGGGAUGAUGCAGGCUCAUGGCGGGGCAUCUGCAGUUCAGUUUCAGCAUGGCUCCGCCCUCUACCAGUCUCCCAGCGCCAGCCCUCCCCCCACCAGCCUCCCCCGUAUGGCGCAGUCCAAUCAGCAGCCUCCGCCAGGCUCCGCCCGCUCACAGCAGCAGCAGCAGGUGACCAUUCAGGUGCAAGAGGUGAAGCUCGGGGGCGGAGCCCAGCGGCAGUGUUUCCUAGCCACGCCCACUCACAGAGUUCUGGGGAAGCAGCUGAGCGCUGAUAACGCGGAGACACACAGUCGCAGUUUGAGUCGCUCCCACACUUCGGCAUACGAGCAGUUUAACCCGCACAUGUUUGGCGAGGGAGGUGUCAGUGGUGUCAUCGGCUCCUAUAACCCCUACCUGCAGGGGGCGUGUCUGAAGGUGCCGGGGCUGGAGGGCUAUCAGGGCUAUCCGUCUGCGCUGCAGCAGGCUCUGCUCUCACCCACACCGCUGGAGUAUCGUCCGGCCCAGCAGCACGUCACACCCACCCUGCAGGGGCUGCUCUCGCCCCGCCACUCGCUCACGGGUCACACUGACCCUCGUCUGCCUCCGCACGACCUCGCCGCGCUGCUCAAGCGCCAGAGCCCCCGCCCGGCCCCGCCCCCUGCCACGGCCACGCCCACCAACCCGCAGGACUACGGGGAGAUGCUUCUGCUGCAGCGACUGGGCCAAGCUGCCGAGAGCUUAGAGCCCGCCCCUCCACAAGCCCCGCCCACACAGCACUACCAUCACCUUCUCCAAAUCAGGCCCCCGGCCGAGUGCCCGGCCCCGCCCCUCCCUCACUCUGAGAGCAUGGAGGAGGAUGACGAGAUGUCUGCCUAUCACGAGGGCCUGCUGGCCAAAGCCGCCGCCCCCUGCGCUGAGGGACACGAGCUGCUGGCUCCGCCCCUCUGCAGCACGCCUCCAUACUCCUCCCCCACACACAGACACGCCUACAUCCACAGCUCCACGCCGCACAGAGAGGUGUGUGCUGAUGCUGCAGAGUGUCCGGUGAUGGAGGGAGAUCACAACGGCUACAGCUCACGCUCUGCACAGACAGACACUUACAGACCACGAGCAUCAUUACAGAGACACCACACCAUCCAGACCUGCGACGAAGCUUAUGAGCAGGCGGAGUCCAUGUCUGGAAUGAGCUUAUUGGCUGGCAAGGCGCUAAGCUCCGCCCGCAUGUCAGACAUCCUCAGCCAAUCGUCUCUGACAGGAAGCCAGCAGCUGCAGCAGAGGGAGGGAUCAGUGUGUGACGUGGAGGCAGACGUUCACCCCGCCGUGUGCUUCCCUUCCUCCUGCACCAGUGACAUGCUGCUGAGCUACAAACCCCCGGAUCUGCAGUACAGCGUGGAGCAGGCCGGGGUCUAAUGAACACAGGGGUGUAUUUGCUGUAUAAAGCUCUUAUCGUCUGCUGUGUUGUGCUGUCAUGCCAAAUCCUCAUCGUCUGUCUGUCGGGUGUCGUGGGUGUGGCCUGCACGCAGGGGGCGGAGCUCUCGGCUUCCUCUUCAGCUGGGAGCGUCUCCGAUCGGCUGCAGCCCAAUAAUCAUCCGCCCCCCACCCCAAACCCCUCCCACCGUUGCCAUAGCGACGCUCUGGUGCAGGCAAACACAGUCUUAUAUAAACAGACACACACACACGUCAUUACCAAACGCCACAAACCCAAAGUAUUGGACGUGAAGCCUGUGCUGCUGCGGAUCAUUCCGGUCUCCAUCGCCAGACGACUCUCACUCGCUCUACACUCUCUUCACCUCUGCUUUGAUUUUUAACACAUUUUUAUGGCUAAUGUUCUGUAGAAAUUAUGAUCAUUAUUGUUCUUGUUUUCUGUAAAAUACAUUUUAUGGUUAUGACAUUAUUAAAAGAAUGACGAUUAUUAUUAAAACUUUGCUAUGUUGCGAGAGAACAGCUGCGUUUGUUUCCUCACAGUGACUUUUGCACUUUCAGUUUUUGUGACUUUGGUUUCUGUUUUGCUUUUCCUCCCGGUUUCUUGCUCUCCUCCUUCAUUCCGUCCCUCAUCCGUCUGUCCACAGGUGCAUUGUGGGUAGUCUGACAGAUCCUGUACUGCUCACAGAUCAUCUUUUCUGUUUCAGAGCUUUAUUGGUUAUUUUUUGUGGAUGUUGUUGGGGAAGUUUUUGUAUAUUGUUGAUUUUACAGUUUUAUUUCUGUUCUGAUGUACUGACAAACUCCCUGAGUUUAAACCCAAACACUGCGAUUGGACGAUUUCUUCAGUCUGACCGGUCCAGUAACGGUCACGUGAUCGUGUGAGAGUCUGAUGAAGAGAGCCAUCAUCCUCCUCAUCCUCCGUCUGUCCAUCUUCUCUUUUCCUUCACAGAGCUUUGUCACUUUCUUCCAGGUUUUUUAUUUUUUUUGCUUUCUGUUUUUGGAAAAAAAUACUAAAGUGCAACAACAAUGGUUAAAAAGAAUCCAAAUAAACUGAGAGAAAUAAUAAAUAUAUAUAAAUAAAGAAAAGAAUAUGACAGAA